AACAUUGCAAAACCAAUCGCAUUCUAGAUUAAAAAAAUUUUAAAAAUAUUGUUUUUUUAACAAAAAUAAACCAAUAGACUUGCAAAAAUGAACAGCAAUCUCAAUAGCAAUGCAACAAACAUCGGCAGCUUAUCCCAAACCACCAUAGGCGGGGCAAGUGCUGGAGGUGGCAGCACGCCAACUCUGGAGGACAAUGUAUCCUUACUUUCGGAAAUCUCGGAUAUUAUGCGAAGUUUUGGCGAUAGCGACCAGCCGCGUAUGGAAAGUGUUAAACUGGUGGAGCAUAUACUACAACAACAAUUGCGCGGAAUGUUCAAUGAGGCUUCUUUGGUGGCCAUGAAACGCAAAAAUAAUCCCUGCCCCUCACAAGCAGACUUUGAGUUUCUCAUGCGUAAUCAUCCCGUUAAGAUUGCUCGCAUGCGUAAACAUCUGAAGGAUAUGCGUAUUCUAAAGAAAUUCCUUAGUAUACGCACUGGAAGGCCACAAGAUUUUAUGGAAGACUUAGAUCAACAAGAUUCCGAUGAAGAAUUGGGCAUUGAUGUGCCCGAAAUGUAUGAUGAGGAUAGAACGCGCCGUCUAUUUCGGGCAGAUCGUAUAUCGCAAAUUUUAAGCGGGCAACAAUAUUUGGAAUUCAAUGAGGCACGCAAAACCUCGUUCUAUUGUCGCCAUGGUGAAAAGAUUAAAAACAAGUUUAGACGUUUUCUGGAUUUGCCCGCAGAUUUAAGGAUACCCACUACCACAAUGAAUAUAUUGGCCUAUUUUGCUCAUGAAACCAUAGCCGUAAUUGUGGACUAUGCCAUUUUGACAAGAUUGAAUUCAUCGAAUCGCAUAACUGAGCCCUUUAGUCGGGUCACAUCUACAGGGGCUUCGCCCGCAAUGAUGCACAUAUGCCCUGAGGUAACCCAGGGCAGGGGCAUGGAAGUGGUUAAGCCCAUUAGUGUACAGGAGAUACAUGAGGGUAUACGGCGUUUCAGGCAAAUGACCAGCAAGAAAGUGGGCUUCUAUAGAAGUUCAUGUGACACAGAUUUCAGGAGAUCCUUUUUGGCAUUGUAAAAUCAGCAAAGAAAUUCCGACAACAACAAGGCCAUGGUAAUGAAAGUGUUGCUGCUCUAGAUUCUGGCUCUACGAUUUAAUGGCAAACCUUUGGUUUCUAUCAAAAUAUGCUUGUAAGUUUACGAUUUUUUUUUAUAUUUAAUUUUUCCAACAAUACGCCCUACUUUUAAUGCCUAGUUUAGCAUUAUAAAAUAGAUAAAAAACCUUUUUUUA